CUAUGGACUUGAUCUUAUCAUCAAAGACUUCAAGAAAAUUACUUGAAAAGUUUGAUUCAAGGGCUUUUUCAACUUGGGUCGUAAUGGAUUCAGUUCACCACAUUCAAACAAUAUUACAAGCUGUUUAAUAUGUUGUUUGCAGGGAAGCUAAGAUAUGGAACAGUGUAUUUGAGAGAGCAGAGAAGAUGGCAGGGAUAGAGAGGGGCAGCAUCAGGGCCACUGUGCUAAUUGAAACACUUCCAGCAGUGUUUCAAAUGGAUGAAAUACUCUAUGAGCUGAGGGAUCAUUCUGUGGGAUUGAACUGUGGUAGAUGGGAUUACAUAUUCAGCUAUGUCAAGACCUUCCAGGCUCACCCAGAUCGCCUGUUACCCGACCGAGUCCAAGUCGGUAUGGCACAACAUUUCAUGAGGAGUUAUUCUGAUCUCCUUAUCAGGACUUGUCACAGGCGUGGUGUGCACGCCAUGGGAGGCAUGGCAGCUCAAAUUCCAAUUAGAGAUGACCCAAAGGCAAAUGAGAUGGCACUUGAGCUAGUGAGGAAGGACAAAUUGAGAGAGGCAAAGGCAGGACAUGAUGGAACAUGGGCAGCACAUCCAGGACUAAUCCCAGCAUGUAUGGAAGUCUUCACCAACAACAUGGGAAACGCCCCAAAUCAGAUUCGAUCUGCAAGACGAGACGAUGCUGCAAACCUAACUGCAGACGACCUCUUGCAGCAACCGAGGGGUGUUCGUACAUUGGAAGGGCUCCGGUUAAACACCCGAGUUGGAAUUCAGUACUUAGCAGCAUGGCUAACCGGGACAGGCUCUGUGCCUCUCUACAACCUUAUGGAAGAUGCAGCCACAGCUGAAAUCAGCAGGGUUCAAAACUGGCAAUGGCUGAAGUAUGGAGUGGAAUUGGAUGGAGAUGGGCUUGGAGUGAGAGUGAACAAGGAACUGUUCGGAAGAGUGGUGGAAGAAGAAAUGGAAAGGAUUGAAAGAGAAGUGGGGAAGGAGAAAUUCAGGAAGGGAAUGUACAAAGAGGCUUGCAAGAUGUUCACAAGGCAAUGCACAGCGCCAACCUUGGAUGAUUUUCUGACCUUGGAUGCGUACAACCAUAUAGUCAUACAUCAUCCCAGGGAGCUGUCCAGGCUCUGAAAACCGCACCAAAUUGGCCUUUCUUUCGACAGGUAAGAGUUCUUUUGCUUCCCUUCUCUUCUCUUCCUUGUUGCUGAGAAUAACGUAUUUGUAUUGUAGUUUAAGACUCUGUUUGUUUGUCCAUUUCUUUUUCAAGCUGUUGUGUGGUUUAUGUCAAGAAAUUCAGCAAUUGCAAGCAAAUUGGAACUCUCUAUAUGAACCUAUAUUUUGGCUGUUGCGUGUUUGACUCUU